AUGGCGGCAGAAACGUUUACCAAAAAUGCACGCAAAUUGGACAAAAGGGGAACAAGGUGCAAUGUUUUUAACAGCAUAGAAACGUCAAACACAAGCCAGCCAAUCAUCUUCAACCCGGACUUUUUUGUUGAGAGGCUAAAACAUGAACAGCCACAGACCUUCACCGAUUUGGUCCUGUCACAUGUCACCCGACUCAUCGACCUCCCAGGGGAUGAGUUUGCCCAGCUCACCGGUGACUGUGAGCCUAGGGUUCCAUCCUCCACUGGCUUCCUUCGCUCUUUCAACUUUCUCAAACGAAAAGAGAAAGGUGUCGUUUUUGGUGCACCCUUAACCGAAGAAGGGAUAGCACAGAUCUAUCAGCUGAUUGAAUACCUGAGCAAAAACCUUCACAUUGAGGGACUUUUCCGUGUGCCGGGCCACAGCCUCAGACAGGCUGCACUGAGAGAGAUGCUGAAUACCGGGGCAGAAAUAGAUCUUGAGACGGGAGACUUCCACGCCAACGAUGCCGCCUCACUGCUCAAAGCAUACUUGGGAGAGUUGCCUGAGCCCCUGCUAAUGCACAGGCACUACCAUGCCCAUCUUAAAAUUGGAGAGCUCACCCUCUUUGAUGACAAAGGCGACAGAACUAAUACUCCAGACAAGGAGCGGCAGAUUGAAGCCUAUCAGCUGCUUUUUAUGCUGCUGCCACCGGCCAAUCGCAGUCUUUUGAAGCUCCUGUUGGACUUGCUCUAUCACACUGCCCGCAACCAGCAUGUCAACAAGAUGUCUGCUAUCAAUCUAGCAACCAUGUUUGCGCCACACAUUAUCUGGCCCAAAAAUGUGAUGGCAAGUGAUCUUCAGGGAAACAUUGAGAAACUAAACAAUGGCGUAGCAUUUCUCAUUAGGCACUCUCAAAAGCUGUUCAAGGCACCUGCAUAUAUCAAAGAAUACGCACGUGUAUACUUCACCAGAUCCAAAACUCUCCAAUCAAAGGAUGACCUGACACUCUGCGCGGGGAGCAAAGAGCCCCCAGCUGUGCUCGAGCCCACCUCCAAUUGUUCUCCUUACGCGAAAAAGACCAGUGGCAACAGCUCCACCAAGUCAGCAUGUACAGAGACAUGCACUGAGUCAGCUCUCAGAGAACUUUACCAACAAGUCAACAAUAUGCCUGAGUCUGCCAAGAAGAAAAAACUCAUCAAACAAUUUCAGAAACAGCCUUUGGGGACACCCACAGCGGACCCUCGCUCACCAUUCAGUCGAAAGCACUGGCGAUCACGCUCUUUGGGUGGAAUUAUUAAGAGAAAAAUGUUGGGAAGCCAAAUAUUAACGGGUAACGAAAACGGCAUUGUGCAGAGACAAGCGGCUAGCUGUUCAGGUGACGCCAGCAGUGGAGGGAAUGUCAUCGCGUAUACCUCUAAGAUUCCUCUGGAUCAGUGGUUCUUUACAGGGGUUCAGCGAAGGUUAAGAAACGCAGAGCCCUGUUUUGUACGCUGA